AUGCUUGGCCACUCACCCUGCCGACUGCUCAGGACAGCCAUCACUCCGAUCCACAGCAAGUUCUUCACCAGCUCCGCAUCCUCAGCAGCUAGUGCGCCGGCACAGAUCCUCAAAAGUGCGCUGCCCCUCAGCCCCGCCGUCAGCCGGAUUCUGCAUGAAUUGGGCGUAAAGGAUGCUACCAAGAUCAAAGGAACAGGCCUCCGGGGUAGACUAACGAAGGGGGAUGUCUUGACACACUUCAAGAAGGCCUCGUCGCCGAGCGGGACCGCCCAGAAGAUGAUACAGGCCGACGCCGAUGCCCGAUUAGCGGAGAGAUCAAUGCUGGGCUCAUCCGCGACAUCCAAACCAACCGAAGCACAGGAACUACCAUCGCUGGAUGCGUCGGCCAUUCGUCUACUGAUCACUGAGGGGCUAUCUGCUCUGACCCAUCGCUCCUCCACUUCUUUCACUGCUUCCUCUUUCGAUUGUCUUCUAGACGAGUAUCCCCUCCCGGCUUCGGCCGCUCGAUCAUCCCGACCAGACCCCACCUCCUUGAGACAACCGAUCGACAAAUACUUUGAAGGUUUUGUGUGA